GUUUUUGAUGCUCAUAUGAGAACUCAUACGGGUGAAAAGCCGUUUACAUGUGUGAACUGUGGAAAAAGUUUUAGUCAUAAACCGACUUUAACUCGGCACAUGAUGAUUCACACUGGUGGAAAACCAUUUUCAUGUGUGACCUGUGGGAAAGGUUUUAUUCGAAAACAGGAUGUAACUGAGCACAUGAGGAUUCAUACUGGUGAAAAGCCAUUUUCAUGUGUGACCUGUGGAAAAAGUUUUAGUUAUAAACCGACUUUAACUCGGCACAUGAUGAUUCACACAGGUGAAAAGCCGUUUUCAUGUGUGAACUGUGGAAAAAGUUUUAGGCAUAAAUCGGCUUUAACUCAGCACAUGAUGAUUCACACAGGUGAAAAGCCGUUUUCAUGUGUGACCUGUGGAGAAAAUUUUAGUUAUAAACCGACUUUAACUCGGCACAUGAUGAUUCACACAGGUGAAAAGCCGUUUUCAUGUGUGAACUGUGGAAAAGGUUUUUGUCAAAAACAGCUAUUAACUGAGCACAUGAUGAUUCACACAGGUGAAAAGCCGUUUUCAUGUGUGACCUGUGGAAAACGUUUUAGGCAUAAAUCGGCUAUAACUCAGCACAUGAUGAUUCACACAGGUGAAAAGCCGUUUUCAUGUGUGACCUGUGGAGAAAGUUUUAGUCAUAAACCGACUUUAACUCGGCACAUGGUGAUUCACACAGGUGAAAAGCCGUUUUCAUGUGUGAAUUGUGGAAAAAGCUUUUGUCAAAAAACGCAUUUAACUCAGCACAUUAUGAUUCACACAGGUGAAAAGCCGUUUUCAUGUGUGACCUGUGGAAAAAGUUUUAGGCUUAAAUCGGCUUUAACUCAGCACAUGAUGAUUCACACAGGUGAAAAGCCGUUUACAUGUGUGAAUUGUGGAAAAAGCUUUUGUCAAAAAACACAUUUAACUCAGCACAUGAUGAUUCACACUGGUGAAAAGCCGUUUUCAUGUGUGACUUGUGGGAAAAGUUUUAAUCGAAAACGUAGUUUAACUGAGCACAUGAUGAAUCACACUGGUGAAAAGCCGUUUUCAUGUGUGACCUGUGGAAAAGGUUUUAGGCAUAAACCGACUUUAACUCAGCACAUGAUGAUUCACACUGGUGAAAAUCCGUUUCAUGCGUGA